GUUUUUACCAAACUCGGUACUACCAAAAUAUAUAAAAACCAUAGAUAAUCUAUAAUAAUAUCAAGGUCUUAGAUAUCUAUGAUAAUAAUAAAAACGCACACUUUUGUUCUUGUAAUUUCAUUGGUCAAAUUAAUUUUUGCAAAAUACGUAAAAAUUGUUCAUAAUUAUCGUUUAACUCGAUUUACUUGGAUAUAAAAUCUAAUCAUAGACAGAAGAUAGAACAUCAAUAUAAUUGAUUCUUAAAGUUAUAUAAUUUUUUGAUCAUGAACGUAUAAGCCUCAUACAAAUUUUAAAAAUAGCGGCAAUUUAAUUUAAAAAUGCGUAAUAUAUUACUUAUUUUCAUAUCAAUAAUUGAUAAGAAAAUUAAAAAUACAAAUUGAAGAAAAAUAUUAGUGCUCUAGCUCAAUUUAAUGUACUGAAAUUAUCUAUUCUUCCGUCUAAAUAAUUUGAAUAUGUUUCUUUUAUAGUUUGAAAAUUAAAGGUUCAAUUAGUUAAUUUAUUUUUGUCACUAUAUUACCCAUUGUGUUCCAAAGUUAGAACAAAUAUAUUGUAAUAUUAAUUAGGUACAUAUAAAAUCGUUUUAACAUUUUAUAUUAUAAGUUUUGUUAUAAGUAGUCUAAUGAGUUAUUUACCUAAUGUUAAUGAUUCAAAAACGUCUAACAUAUUUUAUCCUAACGAGUUUUUCAUUUAUACUGGGAUGUACUUUGACGCUGUUCUUUUUACAUACAACUACAUUAAAGCCAAUUGCUUCACCAAUUGAUGUUUCCAAAAUUAAGUUGCUUGUACUUAUCCUGUCAGCUGUAAAAAAUCAAAUUCGCCGUGAUGCCAUACGUGAAACUUGGGCUCAAGCAUAUGGAGAUGUCAAAAUACUUUUCGUCUUGUCAAAGGAUCAGUAUUUAAAUGCAGAAAAAUUAAUACAUAGUGACAUAUUGGAGGUUAACAUACCAGAUGAAUACCGAUUACUUAGUCAUAAAUUAUUAGAAUCAUUCAACAGCGUGCGUAAUAUCGACUUUGACUAUUUAUUAAAAUGUGAUGAUGAUACCUUUGUUGAUGUUACAAAAGUAAUCAACGAAUUAGAAACUGCGCCCAAGAAUAAAUUCUAUUGGGGUUAUUUUGAUGGCAAUGCUCAUAUUAAAAGAGCGGGUAAAUGGAAAGAAACAGAAUGGAUAUUAUGUGAUAAAUAUUUGCCAUAUGCUUUGGGAGGUGGCUAUGUUUUAUCCAAAGAUCUCAUUAUAUAUAUGGUGAACAAUAAAGACUACCUAAGGUAUGUUUCAACUAAUUAAUUAUUAAGUAAAUUGAAUUUUAUGUAAAAUAAAAAUAUUUAACAAUGUGGAUUUUUUACUGUUUUUUAGUUUUUUUAUUAGUGAAGAUGUUUCUGUUGGUGUUUGGUUAGCACCUUUAAAUAUUACAAGAAAACAUGAUCGGCGGUUUGACACAGAAUUUCGUAGUCGUGGAUGCUGCAAUGAUUAUUUGGUAACACAUAAGCGAAGUCCUCAGGUAAUGAAACUAUACUGGUCACAUAUUAUUGAGACUGGGAAAAUGUGUAAUGAAGAAUACAAAGAUAUCAGUUCGUACGAGUACAACUGGACUGUAAUGCCAUCAAAAUGUUGUGUGAAAAAUGCCUUAUUAUGUCCAUAAGACUGGCAGUAAUAUUAAUAUUUAUUUGACUUGAAAAUCAGUAUGUUAUUGUUUAAAAUAAAUAAAACAAAUAGGUAAUAAAAAAUAUUUGUUCAGUAUAAUCAAAAUAUUUUAUAUAUUUCAUUUCAUACAAAUUUAAAUUUACAAUUUAAUCUUACUUUAGCCUAACCUAACAAUUUAAGAAAAUUGAUUUAUGAUAUACUGUAUAAUUGUAGUUAUAUACAUUUAAAAUACACGGUUUUAUUAUUUUUAAUAUUGUUAUUUUUUCUUCCUAUCUGUAAUACAUUUUGGACAAAACCAUUUUCCUUUGGGUUUUGUUAUUAAUUUAACACAUGCAAAAUGGAACCAUUCAAUGGGACACUAAAACAAAAAAAUAUAAAUUACAUUUUAAUGAAUAUAUAAUAUUUACAUUUAAAAAGCCAUAGAAUAAUCAAUAAAUUAUUAAUAAAACCAAAAUGCUUACAUCAGGAUUAUCACAUCCUAUCAUUUCUCCAUAUGAAACUUGAUUACAUAAACAAUAUGUUGGUUCAUUUGGAUCAACAGGCAUGUCUAAUACUUCAGCAGAGUGAGCAACGCCUGCACCAACUAAUGCACCUGUAAGUGAACUAGUCUCUGCAGCAACACUGGCUACAUUAUUAGUGGGGUUUGUUGGAUUGGUGACAACAUUCACGGAAGGAGUUUUGCUAGGUAUAGCACUGGUCGUUUUUACACCUACUGGAAAAUUGUUUAAAUGUAGAACUGUCAAUUCAAGAAUAAUGAGUAUAUUUGCUACAAACCUUUUUUGAUUAUUUUUUUUUUGGAUGGUGGUUUGAUAACAGUUUCUUCUUCACUUGAUACACUUUUUUUUCUAGGUUCUUUAUCUUUCGUCUUUCUGCGUCCUCCUUUAAGUAAUAUGUAAAUAAUAAUAGUUAAAAUAACAUUAAAUAAGUAAAUAUAGGUAGGUAUACAUAACAAAUAAUACAAUAUAGCAUAAUAUUACGUUUUUGUCCAUCAUCACUUCUUGUAGCACUAAUAGCUUUAUCUUGGAUUUCCAUUUCAAAUCGUGCUAAAUCUGAAUCUAAUUUUCUAAUAUGUUUAUCCACCUGAAAAAGUUUAUCGGAAUAGAAAAAGUUAUAAACGUAAAUUAAAAUUAACUAACCAAUUCAUAAGUUUGUAUUGCUAAUUGAACUUUAUCAUCCCCAUAUUCCUUAGCUUUGUCAAACUGCCGUUGUAUGCUAGUCAUAGUUUCAUUUUUUUUGUCUACAGAGUAUCCUUUCACAUUGGACAUAUAAUCGUCAGCCAAUUUGUCAAUAUUACGCAUCAGUUCUUGGGCUCUUGAAUCGAGAUCUCGCAUUAAUGUAAAGUUUCGUUGCAAUUCAACAGGAAGAUUCUCUAAACCUACAGUAACAAUUAAAGGGGUUUGGUUAAUUUUUCUAUAAUAUAAAAAUAUAUAUAUAUAAUACAAAUAAGAAUACUCACUAUCUAAAUAAUGUUCUAAGUACAGCGCCGAGGUCAUUGUUGUACAAUGUAUCAGAAAUUGUAUAAUAAAAAUAUAAUUAUUACAAAUUGUACAAAAACAAUAAGUUUUUAAAAAUUUUAUCAGGUUUUUAAAAAUGAAAU